CUCAUACGGCAGCAUGGAAAAAGCGUGGAAACAAUUUAACCAGCUGCUCGUUUCUCCCUCCGUGUCUAGUGGGUGGACAACCCGCAGGAAGGGCGUUAGACGACAGCCAAAAACUCGUGUAAAUAAACAGAAAAGUAUUUUACAAGUGCAAGGUCAUGUGCAAGAUGAAUGGGAAAUAGAUGAUGGUUCGGAUGACGACAAAGCGGUGGCAGACAGUGGGAGCUUUCAAAACGAUUCAUCCUGUCCGGCAUUUACUCCCUCCGUAGCGCAAUCGCUUAACCCUGCCGAGGUGACGAUCGACCGUAGAAAUCAGUCGGAUUCGGAAGUGGAGCACCUUUCGGAAGAGGAUGUAUGCUGUCAGCAGACCAGCACUACGUCCGAUUCUUCCGACUCGGACUCGGACGAUUGUCUGGCUAUUCACUGUACAAAGAGCCGCAUGACACGAUUACAGUUUGCGGACAAAAGCCAACUCAAGCGACGCCGCAUAACGGACGAUAUGGACGUUUCCUUUGGGGCGGGUUGUUGGAGCAAGGCGAAGAAUCGUCAGCUGGUAACAGCGUUGAGUCCGAAGCGCUUCAAACCCGUUGCGACUCUUAACCGGACCAUUGUGGGCGAAGGAUCGAAAACGUUAAAUAGCAGCGUAACGGGUGUCCUCGAUACCACACGCUGCUGGAAGUCUUUUGAUGCAACGUUCCAUGCCGAGCUGGAUGCGAGUUGCAUAGAAGAUUUGCCAUCUUCGCCUGACAGUGCAAAUGAAGGACAGAGUAGACGCAGGGAAAGGGAUGCGAUCGACAUUGAGGAGCUACCACCAUCAGCAGAGAACAAUAACGCCCAAAGCACGUCACCGUCGUCCAAGUCGUUCUAUGUCACAUCGCCUACAGCUAAAAUUAAGAACAAACAUUAUCCCAAGAAUUCACCGCUAGGCACGCUGGCCAUGGCACUGAACGAGCGAAGCUCUCGGCAACAUCUGUGGCAGCAUGCGAUCGUGUCCGGGACGGUGCAGCCGGAGCUCGUCGUGAAAAUAGACUCCAUUGAGCGGAUCUACGGACGCGUGAUGCUGCGCUUUUUCACCACCACGGCCGAAGGAGAUGAUUGCGUGCAGGGGGAGCAGGUGGAGAACAUCAUCUACAUGGACCAGGGCGACAGGCAGCUGAAAUCGAUACACGCCGGCAUGAACGUCGCGCUGGAGGUGGACGACCGCAUCUCUCCUCAUCGCAUCGCGCGCCACAAACUGAUACACCUGGGCGUAACGAAGCUCUGUCCGAUGCCAAUGACCACCGAAAUAAAUGCACACCCGUGACCACACAAACACACAGAGUUACAUGCGAGCGUUUUUAACUUUCUCUCCAUCUCAUCCUUAUUUUAUUCGCCUGCCGUUCACGGCCGCACAACACACGUUCCUCCUGCCCCACACCAGCGAAUGUUUUGUAUUGUGUACACUUAAGAGGUCGUUUCCAUCGCGGUGGCGGCAGCAGAUUCCUCGGUGUACUUGCCCUUGUCCUUGUUGAGCGCCGCCAGACGACCCUUGGCGCGGCGAUCCAGGAUCUUCUUGCGAUCCUUGUCCAUCUUCAGCUUCACGAUCACACACUUGGACGGGUGCACACCGACGUACACGUUCGUGCCGUUCGCCUUCUCGCGCUGGAUGCGCUCAAUGUACACGACGUACUUCUUGCGGUACACCUGCACCACCUUGCCGACCUGGUUGCCCUUGUAGUGGCCGCGCACCACCUGCACCUCGUCGUCCUUGCGGAUCGGCAUCGAGCGCACGUUGUACUUCUGUUUCAGCUCCUUCGACAGCGGCGCCGACAUAAUCUUCCUGCGGAUGUGCGAGGGGGCCUGGAAGUGGCGCUUGCGGCUCUUGCGCCGGGACGACGAAACAUUUUUGUUGAAUUUCAUCUUUCUCCGAGG